UAACCUUAAAUUAUGUUUGGAUUAUUGCAUUACAAAUGCACGUGCCAAUGAAACAUCUCUAGGAUUGUUAAUAAGUUAAUCAAUAAAAUCAAAGGAUAUAAUGGCAUUGAAUAAAAAGAAAACGAUAUUAGCUGAUAAGAUAAAUAGUCUUAUAAAUGCAGCACCAACUAAUAUAAUAUCGGACGACGAAAAUGAGGAAACAAAAGCUAAAGUAGUAGAACAUUACGAGGAAAGUGAUGAUUCCGAUGAUGCAACCAGACAAUCCAAAAUUCGUAAACAAAAUGUACAGCUGUUGGAUGAAUUUGACAAAAGGUACGAAGGUAAAAAAGUAUCGAGAAAAGAUGUAUACAAAGAUCAUGAAAGUAAUAGUGACGAAGAGGAACCUGAUGAUAUGGAAGAUGAAUCCGCAGAUGAAAUGAAUGAUCGGAUGGAUGUUGACAACGAUGAUGAAGAUGGUGAUUUAAGUUACGAAGACAAAGAAGAAGAACUUACUGAAGGAUCUAAAGACGAAGAUGAAGAUGAAGAUGAAGAUGAAGAUGAAGAUGAAGAUGAAGAUGAAUAUAAAGAUGAAGAAGGGGUAGAUAAGGACAAUCCGCUUUACAGAGAAAGAGAUGGUGACGCAAACUUUAAAACUAUGUCGGCUAUUAAUGUCAAGGAAGAAAUGGAAAAAGGACAAUGUAUUAAAAAUCAAUUAAGGAUUUGGGAAAGCUUAUUGGAAAUGAGAAUAAAAUUACAACAGUGUCUUGCGGAGAGUAAUCAAAUGCCACAAUACGAUACGCAUAAAAGUUAUAGAAGGGACGCAGACUUUAUGAAAAGAACGAAUGAAGCUAAAUCAAAGUUAACUUUGCUCUUAGAUAAUAUGUUAAAUUUACAAAGUACUUUAUGGAAACAGUUUCCGGAAACUAAAUCUAUAAAUGAAAAUAAAAGGGAAAAUGAGGAAGAACCGGACGAUAAAGAUAAUUCAAUGGACGAAGAAAUUCCUUCCGACACCGAAGAUGAAGAUGAAGAAAAAGAAGCUGAGGUUAGCGAUAAAAAUGUUGACAGUUCUAAUGAAAGUAACACGAAAGAGAAUAACACUCUCAAGAGGAAAUCCAAAUUUGUGGAAUACGAGAAGAUAUUGGAUAAAAGACACAAGUCUUACGUUAAUUACAGAAACUCUGUAAUAAGUAAAUGGGAUGAAAAAACCAGAAUGGCAACGGCUCAGUUAAAAAAAGGUACUAGUCAUACUACGAUAGAGCGAAUAGAUUUUGCUUUAAGUGACAAAGGUAAAUUACUUAAGAUGACACAGUUAAAACGUUCUGAGUACGAUGUAAUUGGUAAAUCUGUUCCUGUGUCGAACGACGAGAAUAAAAGAGUUGAAGAAUACGAUUCAGAAAUUUUUGACGACGAUGACUUUUAUGGUCAACUUCUUAAAGAUUUGAUAGAAUGUAAAUCAUCCGAUAUAGAACCUGAACAACUCCAUAAAUAUCGUAUUGAUCUAAUAGAUAAAAAGGAAAGAGAGAGGAGGAAAAUGAAGAAGGAUAGGAAAGUAGAUACUAGAGCUAGUAAAGGUAGAAAAGUACGAUACAAUGUUCACAAUAAAUUAGUCAAUUAUAUGGCUCCUAUUACAGUGUAUGAUACUUGGACCGAUCUUUCUAAAAAUGAACUUUACAAUUCUUUGUUCGGCAAAAUAAAACCUGUUGAAACGGUACAACAUUAAUUAUCAAAUGAAAUAUAUAUAAAUAUAUAUUGUAGGAUGUAGAACAUCCAUUAUAAAUAAAGUAGGCAUUCGUGAGGAACCUUAAUGAAGGGUCUUUGGUAGUUCAAAAAUUAAAACGGCUCAAACGGAAGACCCGAAUGGUUCGAAUUCCAGUAGUCAAAAAUAAAUCCAAUUGAUCCAUUUUUUGUCACGCGAAUCCUACAAUAUCAUAAAAAGAGAUUAUUUGUAAUAUUAUCAUCUUAUUUGCAUAUGUAUGCAUGUAUCAAAACAAUUACCUCCGUAUCACCAUUAUAAUUAUAAGACUUCCACAUAGAUAUUAAGUUGGAUUAAAUCAUAUUAUAUUAUAUACAGGAUGUCCAAAAAAUUGAUUUACCAAAUUGAACAAUUAGAAAUCUAUCAUAAUCUUCACACGUGUACAAGCUUACAUCAAGGUUGUGAGUUUUAGGACACCCUGUAUACUGUAUUAUAUUAUAUAAUAUAUCACACAAUUUAUAUGAUUAAAUGAAUAUACCUGUAUAAUUAUUGAAUAUUAUAUAUUUUGUAUGUAUUAACAAUGAACAUGAACGAAUAAAUGUUUAACAUAAAUA